AUGGCCGAACAUUUUCCAGUCGUGAUUAUCGGCGGAGGCAUCGUCGGCCUGAGCGCCUCACUCUUCCUCUCCUCUCACAAAAUCUCUCACCUCCUUAUUGAGCGCCACUCAGGCACCUCAAUCCAUCCCCGAGCCCGUGGGUUCAAUACCCGCGCCAUGGAGAUCUUCAGAUCAGUUCAUUUCGACGAUUUGGUGCGAGACGCGGGCGCUGAAUUGCAACCUAGCAUGGGAAUCUGUCGAGGAAACUCACUUGCUGAAGUGAUGGAACCUAGGAAACGAAAGGAAGGCAAGAAAGGCGAAAUGCCUUUUGCAUUCGCUGAUGGCGUGAGUCCUGUGAAGGGGGCUAGAUGUACGCAAGAUAUGCUGGAGCCGGUCCUUGUCAAGACGGCACGUGAACGGGGUGGGAAUCUGCGGUUCAAUACGCUAUGUGAAAGGAUUGAACAGGAUGAGAAUGGUGUCACUGUGACUCUCCGGGGCCAAGAAAGUGACACAACUUCGACCGUUCGUGCAGAGUACCUCAUUGCCGCUGAUGGUGCAGGAAGUCCAAUUCGGAAGCAACUCGGUAUUGGGACAACAGGCAAAGGAUCAUUGGGGAAUUUGAUCAACAUUCUUUUCCACGCCGAUCUGAGAGAGCUGGUCAAAGGACGCGAGAUUAGUCUAUGUACCAUCGAACGACCCGAAGUGCGGGGCAUCUUCACAGCAAUCAACAACAGUGAUCGUUGGGUUUUCCAUCUCUCCUAUGAUCCCAGCAAAGGAGAGAAGGCGUCAGACUACACAAUGGAGCGUUGUGAACAAUUGCUUCGCAUUGCGAUUGGGGUUCCAGAUAUCAAGAUCGACAUCAAGAGCGCACUUCCCUGGCACCCAUCGGACAUUGCCGCCGAAAGAAUGAAGCAGGGUCGAAUCUUCCUUGCAGGAGACGCAGCCCAUCAAACGACACCUUAUGCUGGACAAGGAGCAACAACUGGAAUCGCAGAUGUUUUCGAUCUUACCUGGAAGAUUGCCAUGGUCUUGAAAGGUACAGCGAACCAACGAUUGCUUGAGACGUAUGAGAGCGAGCGCGUCCCAGUUGCACGUUUUGUGGCUGCAGAAUCUGGUAAGAUGGCAGAUCAGUACGGCUUGCUUGAUACGACGCACAGUCUUUUCGUUUUUAUGCUGAGAGCCUUGUGGAGGAUACCAAUGUAUACGGGUUUUGGUUAUCAGUAUACCUCUCAGGCAACCAUACCCGAAGAGCCAACGCCUUCUGCAUGGACGUCGUGGUGGUUUGUCCCUUGGACAAUCCCUUCGCUAGUACUUGGAUUCAAUGGCAAACCUGGGACCAGAGCUCCUCAUACAUGGGUCCAACACGAAGGGCAACAAAUCUCUACUCUUGACCUCUUUGGCAAGAAUUUUGUCUUGCUCACUGGAUCGGAAGGGAAAUCGUGGUGCCAUGCUGCCUCUGAAGUCGCCGAAAAUUUGGGUCUGGAGUUGGAUGCUUAUCGUGUCGGCCCAACUGGAGAUCUAUCGGAUCCAAAGCGGCAGUGGGAAACUGCUGCUGGGAUCUCUUCUCAAGGAGCUUUGCUUGUGCGACCUGAUGGAUUUGUUGCUUGGCGAGUUAAAGAUCAGGAUGGAGAUCUGAGAGAACGAUUGGGAGGAGCGUUGAAGCAUAUUCUUGGGCUUUGA